AUGAAAAGAAGUCGCUUUUUUUUCGUUUCCAUUUUUUUUUGCCUAUCUCAAGAGAGCAGCCUCCAGUUGAGCAAGAAACUGUUGGGCGCGAACUCCUCCCUCAAGGAGCAUGAUGAAGACGAUUACGAGCAGGCGCAGAAAAAGACGAGGACGUGGCCGACCGCCGCGGUGCCGGAGGUGGAUGGCGAUAGGUGUUUGAUUUUCUCCGCCACGGAGGGGGACCCCACCAAGUAA